AGAAAGAAAGACUCCUAUACACACGACGGUUAGUCGCCAUUUUGAGAAGCUCGUCCUGCGAACGCUGGUAGGAGGCGUUUGUUACCUACCAAAUCUCGUACGUAAUUUCAUUUUUCGCUGAAAGAAGGAUCAAUGUCUCGAUUUAACAAUAAUCGCGGCGGCCUUGGGAUGAAUAAUUUCCAGCCACGCAGAGGUGGGGCUAGCGGCCCGAUGCGGGGUGGGAUAAUGGGAAAUCCAAAUUUCAGGAACCAUCCUUUCCAGAAUCAAAACCGAAGGGGACCAAAUCAUAACUUCAACAGACCUCCUAACCAAGGACCACAUAUGACUCCCCCGAAGCCGCAACAGAAUCAGUCGCUGCCUAUCAUCCCACCGCCGAGUCCCGGUCCGGCUCUUACAAUGAAAGGCCCGAUGCAGCAGCAACAGAAGCCGGCACAGCAACAGCAACAACAGGAGCAGCGGAAACCGACAACCCCUGUGUCUCAGCCGAAGAUUCAGUCACCUCCACCGAAACCUGGUAUCACAUCCCCUCAAACUAACCAAGCAAACAAGAACCAGAACCAACAGAUUAAGUCACCAGUAGGAAAUGCUAAUGGACAACAGAAGCAGCCUCCGAACCAAAGCCCGAAAUCAACGCCACAACAAGGCCUGAAGACGGGCCUUCAGCAAGGCCAGAAGACGGGCCCUCACCAAGGCCAGAAGAUUGGUCCUCACCAAGGCCAGAGGACAGGCCCCCAGCAAAGUCAGAGAGCAGUGCCACCGGCUACAAAACCACAGGAGCGAGAGCAGUCUGAUCAAAGGGGCACAGAGAACGCAGCAGCUGAUUCAGACGGAAGCCAGUCAAAGGAGUUUCGGGCAACGCUGUCCAUGCUGCUGAAACCCGGUGAGAAGACGUACACACAGCGGUGCCGUCUGUUCAUCGGUAACCUGCCCAAUGAUAUCACAGAGGAAGAUUUCAAGAAGCUGUUUGCAAAAUAUGGGGAACCCAGCGAAGUCUUCAUCAACAAAGGCAAAGGCUUUGGUUUCAUCCGAUUGGAAUCCCGCGCACUUGCAGAGAUAGCAAAGGCAGAGUUGGAUGACACACCGAUGAAAGGCAGACCCCUCCGUGUGCGAUUUGCCACACACUCUGCAGCGUUGUCUGUGAAGAAUCUGUCUCCCUUUGUAUCCAAUGAGCUACUGGAAGAGGCUUUCUCGCAGUUCGGAAUGGUUGAAAGGGCUAUUGUCAUUGUAGAUGAUCGUGGGCGCUCCACAGGCAGGGGUAUUGUUGAGUUUGCCUCCAAACCUGCUGCCAGGAAGGCCCUGGAUCGGUGCAAUGAGGGCGUCUUCCUUCUUACUGCGUCACCCCGGCCUGUUGUUGUUGAGCCUCUGGAGCAGUAUGAUGAUGAAGAUGGUCUUCCAGAGAAACUGGCACAGAAGAACCCCAGAUACCAAGCAGAGCGAGAGGAACCUCCCCGUUUUGCUCGUCCAGGCACUUUUGAAUUUGAGUACUCCAAACGGUGGAAGUCCCUGGAUGAAAUGGAGAAGCAGCAGAGGCAGCAGGUGGAGAAGAACAUGCAAGAGGCCCGUGAGAAGCUGGAGAGCGAAAUGGAGGAUGCGUACCACGAGCACCAGGCCAACCUGCUCCGACAAGAUUUGCUGAGGCGUCAGGAGGAACUCCGCCGUAUGGAGGAGUUGCACAGUCAGGAGAUGCAAAAGAGGAAGGAGAUGCAGCUCAGACAAGAAGAAGAGCGUAGGAGACGGGAGGAGGAGAUGCUUCGCAAGAGGGAGAUGGAAGAACAGAUGCGCCGCCAGCGUGAGGAAAACUACAGGAUGGGCAACUUCAUGGAUAGGGACAGGGAAAUGAGAAUGAAUCCCGGUGGAGCUUUAGGCAUGGGUGAUAUGCCCUUUGGUGGAUCCAACCAGAAGUUUCCCAUGGGUGGAAUGGGCUUUGAGGGACAGCAGGGAAUGGGAUCAUCUUCUGGAGGCUUGAUGGGCAACGAAAUGCGCAAUGAGCGCUUUGCCCAGGGUGGUCCUAGGGGAAUGGGUCCUGGUAACCCUGGGUACGGCAGGGUCCGCGAGGAGUUUGAUGGUCCCGCUAAGAAACCCCGUUUUUAAAAUGCUGCUGUUUGAUGCUUCCGGCAGCACCCUUUGUAUAGAUUCUCCAAAACAGACGUGCAUUUCUUGUAUUUAAGUUUAAAUUGUUGCUACAUUUUAGCCUGACAAUUUACUCCUUUUUAUCACAAAGUUAAUAUUUUCAUUUUUUAUUUUGUAUUGUCAGUAGUGUGGACAGAUAGGUCACCCUCGUGUGGUCCGUUAGUUUAAUUCUGACCCGACCAUGUAUAAUUUUCUUUUCUAGAUGUAUUCUCUGUGAGUCGCCGUGAAGUGAUAAUUGUAACAUUUUCUCAACUUUCUAUGGCUGUGUUUGUGCCAUACAUUUGGAGUCAAAGCAUGUAUUAUAAUAAAGACACAUUGGUUCUAACAGGACAAACCUUUAACCUUUAUUCCUAGAUUCCUAGUUAAAACAUACAGUGCAUUCAGAAAGCAAACAAAUCCCAACAGUUGGUUGUUUGCACAAAUAAAACAGACUGGAUGAAUCUGCCACAUCAGGUCUUAAAGGGUCUAUGUGUUAUCUCUGCUGCAGUCCUGACUGCAUUCAUUCAGCAGCGAGUGUAUAACACAAAAUGCUCGCUGCAAAUGCCUGACCUCGUUUUUUGAUUCUUUGUUUUCUGUAGAUUGCGCUGGUUAGAUAACAUGCAUCAUCUUCAUCAGCCCUUGCAUUGGUUGUUCUAUUUAGGAAACUUGAUUUAUUCUGUGUUUUCAACACACAAGAUGAUACAGUCACUGCUCAGUGGAAGUGGAGGACUCUGCUCUUUGGAAAAAUACUUUCCAGCUUUUUUAGAUUAAAACUGAGUGGAUUCACUGAGAUGCUUCAUUCAGUUGAAUUUACUAAUGUUGCUUUUACAUGCUUCAGGAAAGCAGAAAUAUGACACAUAGAACCUUUAAGAAAGCCUGUGUGUGUGUGUGUGUAUGUAUGUGUGUGUGUGUGUGUGUGUGGUUGAUAGCGUUACGAACACAUUCUCCUCAUAUCACAGACACAGAAUCCUUGUUGGUGUGUCUUGUGUCCAUGUUCAUGGGUGACUGACUACAUUUACAUGCAGUCUAAUAUGAAGAUCAUCAUCACUGCGCUCAGCCUUGCUGCUUGCCCGAGUGGCUUCAAAAUAACAUGUCAGCAGUAUCUUUGUUAAGCCGUGUUUGCACAUUAACUGCCUCCCUGAACUUUUCCAGACAUCACCUGGACAAGCCUUAUGAGAAAACAGAAAUAUCUUAAUCAGUUUCACUGAAUAUUAAAUGGACUUUACCCUGCAGUUCUCUCGUUUAAAGUAAUGUAUGAUUUAGCCCGAGCUCUAUUGAGCAUAGAGGAGAUCAUUGUCCAAACAGUUCACAUUGAGCAAGUGGGCGUGUUGCUGAUGUUGCAUGUAGCAGCUUUAUACUCUCCAAACAUCAACUUGUUGUAACAUCUUCUUGAUAUCAGUCAGCUUUAGCUGAUUACACAUAUUAUCUUUUGCAAACCUGCAUGUAAAUGUAGUCACUCGGAUUGAGGACUUACUUUUGGGUACAACAGAAUUCAACAAAUUGUGUUGAAAGAAGACAUAAAGAAGGCUUAAGUAAAUUAGCAUUUUAUCUGAGUCCAAUUUCCAUACUGCAGGUCUAUUUGUUGGCAUGAGUAAAUCUGACUGCAUGACUGGGCAAGAGGCUCAGUUGGACUUACAUGCAUUGUGGUCCGUUUUGAAAGCAUGAUACCCACCAGAAUCUAAAGCAUCCAUAUGUCACAUUUGGUCUUUGUGUGGAUGAAAACGUGAUCUUAUUUUUCUAAAACAAAGAAACUGAAUGCUGAACUUUUACAAGUGUACUUCACAGACAAAGCAUUCAUUGUGCUGGACCUGUAAGAAGACAAGAAACCCAGAGUCUCAGUUUUGUGCCCUGGCUUUCAGUUAGAAGACUGAUAUGACUCGCAUUGCUGUGGACUGUAUAGUCUGUGUGCUUGACCCUUUUCCCUUUUUUUGUUGGUGAUAAGACUGUCACACUGUCUACAGCCUGUGAAUUCCCUUUGACAUCUUGUUAAUCCUCUGAAAGAAGACCAGUCAGUUUUAUUGGUCUGAGAUGAACACAUAUUGUGUUGCACAGCUACAUGGCUGAAAGUUCUCUCACUGUGCUCUGUAGGUAAUACACAAUCCUUACCAUAUUAUGUUGAGAGGCCAAGUGUUUACCCCAUAUGUGGUUUCUGCUCAUUGACCAGUCCCUUUUUGCAUUUCAGGAAACUUAGUCAACCAAGUCACGUUAAUGUGACUACAGCUUGAUACAAGAGCUCCCAAAAGUUAUCAGAAGAGCAUGUAACAGCUUUGGUCCAUGGACCAAUGAAAGCGGAAUUCUGAGCAUUGAUUUACUUGAGAUAAUUGGAUUAUCAACUUAGUGUUUAAAAUGUUGAUGGUCGACUACCCCUGGUUGACGUUUGAUCACAGACUAAUUCACAGAUUAGAACUCAACUCUCUGUAAACUGAUAAAAUGCUUGUUAUAUAAAGAAAAACUGUCCACCUAUGAACAUUUUGUACAAUUAUCACAUGAAAGAGAAAACAAUCAUUAAAAUCUCAUGCAAUUGAAAAUGAAUGAAUGAAAAUGAAUUGCCUGUUCUGGCUUCACCCCAUUAAUCAUGUCAGUGCCUGUUGUGAGGUAUCUCGACAUCACUUGGCAUCAAAUGGACGCUGGCUUGCUAAGGCAGGCUUUUCUCAGAGUUGUGUGGUAGGAGAAAGUGGGCUGUUAAAGUGAGUGUAAGUAUUCUUGGAUUACCGAAAACCUGCGUAACCUUUACACUUGGCUUUUUUGUUCUAUAUAUAUAUAUAUAUAGAAUAUGUUGAUGAAGCAGGACACUUUGUUAACUCUGACAUUGUGUGGACCACUGAAGGUGUAUUUACAAUGUGUGUCCUUGUGACUCUAUAAUGCUUACAUUUCAUAUGAAGAGGACAACAGGUGGCUUUCGGCCUUCGCAGUCACUUGUGUGAAGCUCUUUUGUAAACAUUAACUGGCUGUCCAGCAGCUGACUCUGGACCUAUAACUCAAUGACUGCAAUGCAUCCUAUAGUAGUUCUUAAUAUGUGCCAGACCAUAUCAUAGUAUGAUAAUGAGUCUUACCCAGUUUAAAACAUUUUUUUUACUUGAUUAUAAAAUCUUUCCCAAGCAAGUCUUUCCUUGUGGCAUUCGGGAACCCUGGACUACAGAUACUUGGAUGAUUUUUUUAAAUGGAAUUCGAGUGUUAAUCUGUAAUUUUACGUGUGUUUGUGUUAUGUACAUUUUUUCUUUAACAGGUUUGACCAGCCUUAAAGAUUAUGGACUGUGGAGGAAUUUGUGGCUGUAUAGCGUGGACUCAAGAAUGCUUUAGCCUUAGUAAGGUUCACAACAGAACUGCAUACGGAGGAUUAAAGCGGCUACAUUUGCCUUGAAUCAGAGAAACGUGCAUAGACAGUUGAGGGUGAAGCUGAUCAAGCUGUUCCUCUUGCAUUAAAACAUUUUCUGACCCUUUUAGAUGAAACAAGUACACGAAUGAAACUCAAGGUCUUUUUUUGAAUUGAAAGAACAUAACCAUACUUAAAAAUUACAACUUAAUGAUUUUGGGAAACAUUUUUAAAUAAUUUGGGUUCUCUUUAAUGUUUAAAAAGCAGAUCCCUAAAUCAUUUCAAAUAGGAGAACAGGCUACCUGAUUAGAAGCUAUGUACUGAAAGUGACCGGCAUCAGUAUGCUGCAGUAAUUAGUCUGAAAUGUUAUGUUGCAGAAAUGUUGUAUUUACAGCUCAUUGCACUUCUGCUGUAGGCAUGGAAAUCUUUGCGAAAGAAGGGCUCCUUUUGUAGCCCAGAACACCACCAUGUUGGCUGGUUAAUUCACAUGUGGAUCUCUUGACGGAAAGUUCAAUCUGCAACCAUUAAACGUGUUUGUGGGUCAGUGUUGAUCACUAAAUAUUAAAGCAAAAUCAAACCAGCUUAUUAUUUACUGUGCCUUACUCCAGCCUUCAGUGUUUCUCCACGUUUGAUGGCUGUUGAUUUUCUCUAACUCAGUGAGAUCAUGAAUGCUGAAACUGUAGUUAAAAUCAUUUCCUCUAUUAAAGAAAGCAGCUUUUGCUAAGCUUAAGUUUUUGAUGCUUUAUCCCAUUGAGGGUCUUUUCUCACUUAACAAGACUGACAGGGAUAAUUUAGCACAAACAAACUUGGAUUUACUCAUGUAGUCCUCCCCUGUAAAUGGACUGUCCAGCAUCUAACUCAGUAAACAGCAAUGGACACGUUGAACUGGAUUUUGUAACCUCUUGGACUUUUUGUCUCAUAGCAAAUGGAAAACUAGAGGUAGACAAGUCAAUUCAAUGCCAAUAUGAUAAGAGAUAUGAAAUUCUAAUAAGAUGUGAAUACACAGAUAGCAACUCUUAAAGUUGCUGAUCUAAUUUUGUGUACAAUAAAUUAAUGUUAAGUACAAUUAUAUACUGGGAAAGUAUUUAUAAAUAUUAAUUUUAUUGAGGCUUUUGCAAGUUGAAAACAUGACUACAUCAGAGAUGUUCUCCUCCACACAGCAUCUGAAAAUCCUCCAAUAGUACACUUUACCUCAGUGUUUAAAACAUGUAUUGUUAAUGUCUGUGUGUGUGUUGGUGUUGUGUACAUUUUGUUUUCUUUAACAGGUUUGACCGUCUUUAAAGGUGUGACUAUGGACUAUGAGAAAGAAGUUUCCAAAUCAAGAAAUUCAAAGUCUCUAGCUUCUGUGGUUUUGAUAAUGAAAAGCAAGCUCUCAUGAGGACCAAAUGACAUCUGUUUUUGAAAAAUCAAACUUAUUAUUGAUCAUGAUAGCUGGUGGCUCUAAAGCUUUGACUGUGGCUUGCAAAUUUUGAAGAUAGUUUUGAAAUAUUCAGCCAUUUUUCUUCCAAGUACAUGAGAUGGAACGAACGAACCAAGAAAUUUUAAGAAAAUCAUAGCAAGUGGCGUUUGUAGUCAUUCUGUUUAAAGGUGGCGCCCAGCACUUUUAACAGACUACGGAGUAACUGUAUCACAGAGGUUUCCCACAGACCAUUAAGCAACUAUAUUAAAGAGGUUCAGAACAGGCAUUUCCCCUAUUGCUGCAUGUUGAAGUUUGCCUUAUUCUUAAAGUCCCUUGCAUUUGAUAAAAGCUGGCGUCAGGCACACUUACAUAGUAGCUAUGUUAGAUAUUCAGUGCCUUUAUAUUAAUGCCUUAUAUGUGCUUAGAUUUAUACUUGGACUUGGUCUCAGUAUUGUUUCCAGUGACUGAGUUCAUGAUGAUGCAGAGCAUUAAAACACUGCUGAAGCUUAUGCUGACAAUCCCAUUGGUAGCUGAUGCUUAUGUGAUCUGUAAAUCUCUAAAUAAUUAAAAGACAGAACUGGGGCUGAUGUUAAAACAUGAUCUUGCUUAAAAUUCAGUAUGAAAAGAUUAAGUGAUGCAGACUGUCUGAAAGUAAUGACUGUUGGUCAUGUUCAUACUGUUCAUAAAGCUCAUGCAAAGUUCCCCGCAGGUUUGGACGUGUGCACGUCCUGUAAUACCUGGUUAAUUUACCUUCAUAGUCAACAGCUUCUGAACAUUGAUGUCCCCUGUGACAACACGUUUUGACUGUAUGUGACUGAACUAAAAAUGAAAGCAUUGACACCUUCCUUCUUAGUCGAGAUUUGUUUAAAGGCCUCGUGACCUUUAACCCCUGUGCUGUGCUGCACCCAUGUUUGUUCUGUUGUUGAAAAUAAAAAAAUCCCUCAGCCUAAAAGCGGAUGGCAAAAAGUGCACUAUUAGGCCUAAUCAACCUCCUAUACUCCAACCUACCUGAGGCAGGAAGUCCCAUACACCUUUCGGUUGAAGAGAACGGCAUGUUGUGCCUGUGUGGUUGUGUGUAUGUUUCAUGUCUUUGGGUAAAUGAGAGGUGUGUUAGCUGCUGUCAGCCAGCUUGUCAAAGACAGGCUGCCCCAGUCCACAGUAGAGGCUCCUCUCUGCAGUUGGGUUACAUUGACGAUGAGUAGUUCUGCAGAAGUCAGUGGACAGUAAAGCCUGGACUUGUUUGCACUACAGCCAGAGGUAUGCUUACACAGAUCAGCUGAACACGUAAGGUAAGUGUCCCAUCCAUGUUUAUAAUACAAGAUGCACAGUUGUUCCAUGACUUGACUCUUCUCUCUGUCCAUGUCGCUGCUCACAGUGAUGUUUACAGGGCUUCUGGCAUCACACUUACAAAGAAUGGCAUCACAGUGCAGAUCUCUGUUCUUCAACCUUUUUGUGUGUGGAUGUGGCAAAGCAUUUUAGCCCGUGCAGUGUGUGUGUGUGUGUGUGUGGUUGUAGUACUUCGGCUUCUCUGUGCAUAUGCAUGAAAGGAGCAAUGUACGGCUGAGUCACUGGAUCAACACUGCAGUUUCUAAAGUUUCUAACCACAGAUGUGUGGAACAAAGUGCUGAAAUUGAACACACCGUCAUAUUUUGGGAACACAUGGAGUCAUGAGAGGGUCUCUUGUUUUUAUAUCCUGGCAUUGUUUGAAAUAUUAAAGGAAAAUAAAAAUUAAAGAGUCAUGAAGUGUCAGUCUUGUACAACUGUACAAGAUAUUUCAGUUGUGUGCUCUCUUUUCAGUUUAACUUUUUUGAAAAAUGACUAGCAAUGUCAAUAGGCAGGUUGUGUGCAACAAUAAAAAAAACCCCCAGAAACAAAGCCUAACUCAUAGGAUGGCAUUUCCAUUUUAAUGUGGUUGGAAAGCUUUUUGGGUAGUUAUGCGCCGUGCCUCUUUUUUGUACAUCUUUCAAAUUUCUCAUGUGUUGCCCUUUUUAAUGUAUUUGUUAAAACUCUAAUGACGUAAGGUGGCUUUUUGCCAUUUUAGAAACAAUAGCACACAAGUGUGCAUGUGAAUGUGCCACUUUUUUUCUCAAAAAUUACAUCUAAUGUGGAUCACUGAGCUGCAGUAACUUCUCAAAAUCAUUGGAACUAUUUGUGUUGUGUAGACUUUGUACUGACUCUUGGUAACUGACAGAACUCCAUCUGUCUUCCCUGAACUCCCUCUGUCUGUCUCUUAAACUAAAAGCAGAUUUUUUUUUUUUUGUGGUGCUGGGUUGGGAUGCCUUUGUGGUUUUGAAGUGAAACGUAUCACACUGCUUGAGUUGCUCUGGGUGGGAUUUUAGAAAAAGAAAAUGUCUGCCAGAACUGUUUUUCUUAAUCCAGUGCUCGUUGCAGCCUGUCUGUGUAGAUGCUUGUUUGUUUUGUUAUGCCUGGAACAAAAAUGCAAGUAUUUAAAUUCAAACAAAUUAUGACUGAACUUGUCACUGAUUUCCCGAGAAGCAGUUUCUCUUCUGUCUAUUGAGUAAGGAGCUAUGAACGUUAGCUUUACUGUAUCAUCUGAAGUGUGUACUCUCUGCCUUGUCCAGUGCUUUAUUUACAGCAGACAUAUCCCAUCUGGACAGAAAACACACACUAUGCCAUGGCCAUGCCACUAUGUCAACCUGAGUAAGAAAUUGCAGUUUGCCUCAGAAAUUGCACUCUUUUGUACAGCUUUCUUUCAACUUGGUCAAGUCUUUACACGCUGGCAGGAGAUAAAUAUUUCUUGAUUCAGUGUGACUUCCCUAGGAAAUCGCAUCUUUGAUGCUCAUAGUGGAAAAAAUGUCCAGAAACAGAAACUGCAAAUAGAUAAUUUGUCAUAUCUUUUAAUGAUGCUAAUUUGUCAAAAUGUAUACAAUGGUUCAACUUGCAGCCCAGAGUGUAACUCGUCAAGUCUGUGGCAACCUUAUGCUAGUUAUUUACAGCCCAAACUCUGUACAAGUUUUGGAACUCUAAUUCCAAAACUUGUACGUGAUUAUUCCCCAGUUGUAUGACAAAGAAUAGGUGUUGGACACUCAAUAUGUGUUCUCACAGUGUAACGGAGCACUUCAACAAUACAGCCACUUUGCUGUUGGGUAAAGCACUUCAGGAGGAGGAAAAUGGGGAGACGUAGCUCGUGUCUGAGAAGAAACUUUAGUGGUAGUGCUGGACCCUUGUUUUGCUUUCCUCUCUCCUCUCAGUUCCUCUUACUACUCAUAUUUUUGUCACUCUUAGUGCUUAAACUUGAAUACCCUGUCAUGCCAGUGACCAGCCAUCCAUGUUGAAAAAGUACACUACAUAAUGACUGUGGCAUUUUUGUUUUGGUGGGUUGUGUGUAGGAGUUUUCUUAUAUCUGUAAAUGACAGUGGUACUGCCUGGAGUUUAUGGUUCACACAAGCUCUGGUGAGCCUCAAUCAAGAGGGAACUCUACUGCGUUCAGCCCAUGUCCUGAAUUAAGCCCCGGAGGCUGUCAAGAUGCAUCUGUCUGCACUGUGAUCCAUUCCCUAACCAAAUCCUCAGUUGUGAUUGGCCAAGAUUUUCCUUUUCAAUGCCUCGUUCCUGAGUGUGAUGCCAGAAAAACCCUUUUGGCCUCUGCCGGCCUCAUCGAAAAGGGCACUGCCCAGACACUCUAAGAAAAUGACCAAGCCUACUUCUGCACAAGGUUAUGGUGCAGCUCCCAGCUCUGCUUGGGGGUUUUCAGCAACACCCCUGAUGGGUCAGUAUGAAGUCCAGCUUCACACAGCUUUAUAACAGCAUUUUCUGAGGAUUGCAAUAUAUUUGAACGUUGCUGUCAGGAAUUUGUCUCGUUUCCCCUUUUGCAGUUCGUUAGUGCUGAGAUGCCUUUCUAAACUCUGACUGUAUGUUAACUCUAUCCACUCAGUUCAUAUAACAUACACACAGGAAGAGUUAUUUACUUGUGAUGCAUGUCCACAUUAUAACACAUUAACCUGCAUUUACAGUUUUUAAUGUAUGGUUUUCUUUUGAGUCUCCAGUCACUGCUCAUACAAAUUCAUUCAUACACACACAAAACACACAUACUUAGUCUCACAUGCUGACAUUUUUGUCUUUUUUAAGGGUGAAAACCUCAAAGUAGUAACGGUAUUAUAAAGCAAACAAAGAAAAGUGAUGGUAGAAACCCGCCGACCAGUUUAGUAUCAGUCUCUCAUUGUUGGUUUCUCGCCACAGGAUCCUCGACCACUUGAAGGAGGCUGACAGUCUAUGAUGUUAAACCACGGUAAAAAUGAAGACUGAUGUCUGAUUAAAUGCCAGAGCUGAAGGAGACCCAGCAAGUGCACUGCAGUGUUUCCAGGAUGACUUCCAUAGCUGCUUGUGGUGAAGCAGUACCAGGAGGCACCCAGCAGAGGACACGCAGUCCACAGGAGAUUAGUUUUGUGUUUUUGAUUUGAAGAUUUAAUAAUAAAUUCUGUGAACCUGAA